AAAUGUUCUACGCGUCGAGUCGAUGGUCGAUUCUCGCGAUUCCAUGCGUAUCGACCGCGCAGUAAUUCUAACAUUUCCAUAAUCGCGAGUAAUCUCGGCGAAUGUGCGCGACGAGCGGAGACACGAGUGAUAAUCUGACAAUGUGGCACCUGCGGCAAAAAGAGGACUUCUAACCUGCCUUCGUGCUGACUCAGGCUGAACAAGUGACAUUAUGUCUUAGAAUACGGAUAAUUGGCAUAGUGCACCGAGAAGAAACGCGCGUGUAUUGUAUAUAAUUAUGUCUGCAUGCGAUAUACGAAGAUGAAUCUACUGUCGGUCGUUUUUGGGGUCCUCUGCUUCCUGGACGUGUUUAGAUCAUCCUACGCGUGGGACAACGAUGAGCUAGAGGUGUUCGACGUGGUCGAGGAGGUCAACCAAAAUUUCUACGAUGUACUGGGUGUUACGCAGUCUGCAAAUGCCUCAGAGAUCAAGAAGGCUUUCAGACGCCUGUCGUUGCAACUACAUCCAGACAAAAACUCAGCGGAAGAUGCAGAACUGCAAUUCAGGAAGUUAGUCGCUGUUUAUGACAUUUUGAAAGAUCCUGGAAAGCGGCAAAAAUAUGAUAAUGUACUUGUUAAUGGACUGCCCAAUUGGCGAUCUGCAGUGUAUUAUUAUCGCCGUGUCAGAAAAAUGGGAUUAUUGGAGAUGAGUCUUAUUUUGUUCACAGUUAUCACGAUAGGGCAAUAUCUCGUAGCUUGGGCGUCGUAUUUUGAAAAACGGUACACUUGUGAACAAGUUUUAGGCAGUAAACUUCAAAAACUGCAAAAAAAGAAUAGAAAGAGCAAAAUAGAUGUUCCAGAUUUAGCUGAUAUUUUAGAAAAGAUUCCUAUUCCAACAAUGUGGAACACUCUUCCAUUUCAAUUACCAAAGUGGAUAAUAGGUUCCGUUAUAGCUAUACCUUCUACUAUUCGCCUCAUCUUUCAACUCUUGAAAGAGAGGAAAGAGAAGAAAAAACAAGAGGAAGAAGAGGCACUAGCACAAGAAAAUGAACAGCCUGAACCAGAAGUAACGUCGCGUAGUAUUAGGAAACGUAGGUCUGGUUUUACACCGCAAGAAAGAAGCAGUAAUAAUUCUAAGGAACCUGUAAAGAAAGAGGACUGCGAUUACACGAAUCAUGUCUAUGAGAAGCCAACGGUAGCUGGUGGCUUGUGGACUGAUAAUGAUAUAUUAGAAUUGAUAAAAUACGUGAAAAAAUAUCCUGGUGGAACUCCAGAACGAUGGGAAAAAAUCGCGAGCGUUAUGAAUCGUACCGUCGCGGAAGUUACGCAUAUGGCUAAGAAGGUGAAAGAGGAAGGUUUGAAGUCUGCUGAAUCAGUGGAAGAAGUUUCUGCGGAAGAAAAACCGAAGAAGAUUAAGACCCGCAGUGAAAAUAUAGUCAGUACUGCUGAGUGGAGUCAAGAACAGCAAAGGACAUUAGAAGCGGCUUUAACGAAAUAUCCCAAAGGUACAUCUGUAGAUAGGUGGGAAAAAAUUGCAAAUUGUGUCGAGGGGAAAACAAAGGUAUAA